GCGGAGAUUGCUGGCUUCUGGGCCCGACUGGGCCGGAGCUGGCUCCCCCGAGCCGGAGGCGUGGCGCGGGCUGGCUUCAGCCACAGUUACUGGUGACAGGUCGCCUGACUAGGCCCCUCCCCGGGCCCGCCCCCACAGGUUUGUCUUGUGACCGCGGGCGGCUGCCGCUUCUUUCCCGACAGCUUGGAACUUCGUUAGCCGCGAUGAGUUUCCUGGCCGCUACAUUCCUGCUCCUGGCGUUCAGCGCAGCCGCUCAGGCCGAACCAGUGCAGUUCAAGGACUGCGGUUCUGUGGAUGGAGUUAUAAAGGAAGUGAAUGUGAGCCCAUGCCCCACUCAGCCCUGCCAACUGAGCAAAGGACAGUCGUACAGUGUCAAUGUCACCUUCACCAGCAGUGCUGAUGGCUGUAAGAGUGGCAUUAACUGCCCCAUCCAAAAAGACAAGACCUAUAGCUACCUGAAUAAACUACCAGUGAAAAGUGAAUAUCCCUCUAUAAAACUGGUGGUGGAGUGGCAACUUCAGGAUGAUAGAAACCAAAGUCUUUUCUGCUGGGAAAUCCCAGUACAGAUCGUUACUCAUCAAGUGCCUCAUUGAGUUCAGUGCAUCUGGCCAACGAGUCUGCUGACUCUUGACAGCACCUCCAGCUCUGCUGCUUCAACAACAGUGACUUGCUCUCCAAUGGUAUCCAGUGAUUCGUUGAAGAGGAGGUGCUCUGUGGGAGAAACUCAGCUCUGGAUGGCUGGUUGUCAGUGGCUGUCUUAUGUUUCUUUUUCUAUCUUAGGUGGUUUUCAUUAAAUGCAGCACUUGGUUAACAGAUGUUUAAUUUUUUUUUUUAACAUAUGUCCUCUUUCUACACCUGGAAGUGUACCCUUGAAUAAAUAAAAACUCAUUUGUCUUGUUUUCUGCA